AUGUCCCCGCGGCGGCAGCGGGAGCGCUGCGGCCGGCGCUCGGCGCGGUCUCUGCCGCAGGGCUGGCUGCUGCUGCUGCUGCUGCUGCUGCGGGGCUGCCCCGCCGACCGCUGCAGCUGGAAGGGCAGUGGUUUGAGCUGGGAGCUUCACUCGCGUGCAGUGGAGCAGGUUCACCUCCGCUGUACCGAGGGCUCUCUAGAAUGGAUGUACCCAGCCCGAGCCCUCCGCGUUAUCUUGGAGCCCAACUUGUCAAGUGCCCGACACACUGCUGUCUGCAUCAAGCCCUCCAGCACCUUCCGAGGGGCCGACAUCUACGUGGAGCAGGACAAGGAGCUUCACCUGCUGGUGAGCGAGUCGGAGGCGCCCCGUCUGCACCAGGUGUCUUGCUUCAGCACCCACACGCCUCAGCGGGUGGCCCUUUUCCUACAGGCCAGUCCCCAGAGGGACCUCAGCCGCAGGACAGCCCAUUUCCAGUACGAGUUGCUUAGCAACCAGAGCACGACAGGCUUCCAGAAAAUGGCCCUUGUGGAAGCAAAGUGUCGCCCUUGUGACCAUCUGGAACUUCUCAUGGCCGUUUGCAGCAGUGAUUUUGUGGUGAGAGGCUCAAUCCAGAACGUCAGUCACGAUUUGGAGAAUCACAUGUCCCAGGUUGAAGUGGCUGCGCUGCAGGUCUACAGGCAGAAAACCCAGAUCUUUCAGGACGAUAAGUCAACCGGCGAGUGGCGUGGGCCCAUCAAGACUCUUCUGCAGUGCAAAGUCAAGAAAGGGGCCGGGGACUUCCUCUUUACGGGCAAAGAACACUUCGGUGAAGCUUGGCUGGGCUGUGCCCCACGAUUUAAAGAAUUCAGGGCUGUCUAUCAAAUAGCCAGCAAGAAAGGAGCAAACCCUUGUGAAUUUCAGUUGGACUGAGUGUGGAUGAGGAUCAUCAUAAGCCGUGACUUAGGACAGUUUUCACAUAUGGAAGAACGGCCUGAUCAGAAAAGGGGACGUGAGCGGAAUAUUUAAAAAAGAACCAGUGCAGCCUGCUGCAUAGACCACUGUGAAGUCUCUGGCAAAUUAUUACUAUCCAGUUUGAGCACUGGGAAUGCUGACCUACCUCACAGGAUUUUUGUGAGGGCAAACUAUAAAGAAUGUAAAGCACUUUUUGCAAGCUACAAAAAAACAAAUGAAAGGGCCUCUGAAAGGGGAUGCACACCAUCUGAAUCCCAAAAUAAAACU